AUGACGCGCACAGGAGGGCGCUCAUGCGCACAGGAGGGCGCUCAUGCGCACAGGAGGGCGCUCAUGCGCACAGGAGGGCGCUCAUGCGCACAGGAGGGCGCUCAUGCGCACAGGAGGGCGCUCAUGCGCACAGGAGGGCGCUCAUGCGCACAGGAGGGCGCUCAUGCGCACAGGAGGGCGCUCAUGCGCACAGGAGGGCGCUCAUGCGCACAGGAGGGCGCUCAUGCGCACAGGAGGGCGCUCAUGCGCACAGGAGGGCGCUCAUGCGCACAGGAGGGCGCUCAUGCGCACAGGAGGGCGCUCAUGCGCACAGGAGGGCGCUCAUGCGCACAGGAGGGCGCUCAUGCGCACAGGAGGGCGCUCAUGCGCACAGGAGGGCGCUCAUGCGCACAGGAGGGCGCUCAUGCAGCACCAAGCAUCCAACCAUGCGCACACACUCAGGGUCGUCAAUGA